GGAGGAGGAGGAGGAAAUCAUAACCAUCAUCAACAACAUCAUCAUCAUCAUCAUCACCACCACAACAACAAUAACAACAACAGCCGCAAACGCAGCCAAAGUUUCAGCGGCGGAGGAGGAGGAGGAGGUGGAGGUGAUGGAGCGGGGGUGGAGGAGGAUUCAGGAAAGGAGGAGAAGGAGGAGGAGGGAAGAUGUUUGCCGCGUACAAGCGGCGGAAAAAGGAUCACAUGGUGCCCCCCACCAAGUUCCUGUUGGGCGGAAAUAUUUGCGAUCCGCUCAAUCUCAACAGUUUGCUGGAUGAGGAUAUCAAUCGGGCGAUGAACGCAGUUACGCCGAAGUCAUCUCCGCUGCCGACGCGCAAAGUGGAGGUGGAGGUGAUCAUCCCGCCCAACAUCAACGACCCACUCAACCUGAUGGCGGCCACCGAAGACGAUGACUACGCCGACUACCGCAACUCGCUGCUCGUGUCACCGCUCAAGGGGCCCGGCGGCGGCGGCGGCGGCCGACACUACAAACGCAAACGGCGCCACACCAAGAGCUUCUCGGCCAGCGAUGAGGCAGGAUCGGCUGCAGCAGUGGGUAGUGGAGGCGUGGAAGCUGUGGAUGGUGGUUCGGAACCCACCUCAACGUCUGAGGCUAAACAUGCAAACGUGGAGCAGGCCAGCAUGAGUAGGCGAAGAGCCAACCUGAAACCGUUGGAGUUGGCCAAGGAGAAGGACAGCUCUGACAACGUUGGCACCACUGACCACCAACAAUCCACGUCUACCAACCCAACCACACCAAAUGCCGAGAAACCAGUGACGUCAUCGACAAUGAAUUCUACCGAUACAGUGACGUCAUCAGCAGAAGUGACGUCAUUUGCGAAACCUGUGAAUGAAGUUGGCGGGAAAAAUUCGAAACCUGUGACGCCAUCAGCGGGUGGCGGGAAUUUCAAAAAUUCUAAAUCGGUGACGUCAUCGGUGGGUGGUGGCAGUUUCAAAAAGUGUCGCAAAGACUCUAAAGAUAAGAUUGUGAGCCCGGCGAUACCGCAGCCGGGGGCGUGGGGAGACAAGAGUCAUCAUCAUCAUCAUCAUCAUCACAGGUUCAGGCCCCCUCAGAACCAGAGGACGCCCAACUUCAAGGAGAGCAACGCACGGUUUAGAUACGGCAACUAUAAUAGGUAUUACGGAUACAGGACGCCUUCGUCGUCGGGAGGUGUGGACCCUCGGCUGAGGGUGCUGUUGCGACGCCGCGACCUGUUCGAAGGCAAGGAUGUGUUGGACAUUGGCUGUAAUGUGGGCCAUGUCACGCUGGCACUCGCCAAGGAGGCUGCACCUCGCUCGGUCAUUGGCAUCGACAUCGAUCGGCAACUGAUAGAGGCGGCAAAACGCAACGUGAAGCACUAUGUGAGCUUUGACAAAAAUCAGAAGUUGCCCUUCCCCAGGGCAAUGGCCAAGAUGUACGGCCCACUCGACGCCACCACUGACAAGACCGUCUUUCCCCAUAAUGUGUCAUUUGUACAGGGCAACUACGUCCUAGACUCGGACGCUCGACUCAGCUUGGAUGCGUGCCUGCAGCAGUUCGACACAAUCGUCUGCCUAUCGGUGACAAAGUGGCUGCACCUGAAUUGGGGUGAUGCCGGCCUCAAGAGGGCGUUCAGGCGGAUAUUCGCCCAGCUGCGACCGGGCGGUGCUCUGGUGCUGGAGCCUCAGCCCUGGCAUUCCUACAACAAGAAGCGCAACCUCACUCCGGAGAUGUGGCAGAACUACAAGUCGAUAGAGCUGUUUCCGCACAAGUUCAGUCAGCACCUGUUGUCGGAGGUAGGCUUCACCAAGUGCGAAGUUCUCGGAGUCCCACAUCAUCACAGCAAGGGCUUCCAGAGACCGCUCAAACUUUUCACCAAGGGAGAGGCCACUAGUAGCCCUGCUACUGAUACUGGUAGCUCUGCUACUGCUACUGGUAACUCUGCUACUGAUACUGGUAGCUGUGCUACUGCUACUGGUAACUCUGCUACUGAUACUGGUAGCUGUGCUACUGAUACUGGUAGCUCUGCUACUGAUACUGGUAACUCUGCUACUGAUACUGGUAGCUCUGCUACUGCUACUGGUAACUCUGCUACUGAUACUGGUAGCUGUGCUACUGAUACUGGUAACUCUGCUACUGGUAGCUCUGAUACUGGUAACUCUGCUACUGAUGUCUCUUGUGUAGCAAGUAAAUCAAUGAAUACGGACUGAAUAAAAUAUUAAAAUAAAGUGAAAGACGAUGCAUUCAUGCCCGGUUGCAGAGUCGGCAUUUAAAAUCAGGCCGUAUUUAAAUCAUAAACUUAAAUCUUAAAUCAGGCAUUUAAAUCAUAAACUUAUUUAUGAAGCCAUAACUCCACUUUUCGUUGCACAGAUGUCAAAGUAAACUAUAGCUCCUAUAAAACUAAAAACGCCCAAUUAAUCACAUGAUUUCGUUGCAGAGUCGUCAAAAAGAGCUUAUUUAUGUCUCUUAUAGCUAAAAACGGUAAUUUAAGUUAUGGACCCGAAGUCGUGCUGUUAAAUCCAAUAUCUGCACUUGCCAAAUGCUUUUUAGAGGUUGUGAUAGCUUUUUUGAAAGAUGUUUGAGAAAAACCAUCUGUAUAAGUGAAUUAUUUUUUCUCUCCCUAU